AUGACAGAAAGCGCGCAGCCGCAGGCACGUGAACACGGGGGAAGGAAUAGCGCACAUGCCACCUCCACCGGGCUCCCAAAGCCUUCGGCGCACUCUUCUUUUCGCCACCCCGCCUCAGAUUCAGUUGCCACCAAGACCGGCGAUUCUCCAACUAUAGAGUCCCUGGCCACCAGCAUGACCGAGGUGACGCGUCUUUCCAGUGCUUCGGGCACAUCCGUGGCAGAAACCGGACCGGGAAAGGCUUCCUCUAUGCAGAAACCCCUUUCUGGGUCCCAGGAGGCGCACCAAGGCAAUGCUUAUGGGAACGGUGUGCCCGCGCCUACCGCUUCUGGGGGAAGCAAGAACUCUACACAAGGUGUUCCUUCUCCCUCCGCGCCUUUUCAGCGCACUACGGGAUGUCCUACAGGCUAUGUACCUUCUUCUGGACCCAAGGAGCAGCCCAAUACUAACAUGCACGAUGUGGCUCGAGUGGAUCAUGUGGAGGAAGCGCAGCGGCAUGACCAGACACAUUUCAUGGCAGUGCCUCUCGCAGUUCUGCCUCCAGAGGCCGAUAUACCUGAGUAUGACCUGCAUUUGUUAAACCUGGCGCGGCACGCGGAUCCUUUCAGAAUGCUGGGAUGUCACAAAGUUGAGGGUACUGGCAACGGCGAUGUACGAGUCGUGGUAGUACGCGCGUGGCUUAAGAACGCAUCUCAUGUAGAACUCAGGCCCCGAGCUGGGGUCUCGGAUUGGAGGCUUCCCCCUCCCUUGGAGUCUGUACAACUUGAAAGAAAGGGGGAACUGCUAUUUCAAAAGGCAAGCACCCAACCCCUUAAACCGCUGAGGCUUGUAUGUAUACAGGCAUUUGAAAUAUACACGACCGAUCCCUCCGCUGCCUCUAGGGGACCCCCUGUAAAGAAUUCUGAUCCAUACGUCCCCUUAGACUACGAGCUGCUAGUCAAGAGAGACGGAGAGGAGACUUCCCAUGUGGUGCACGACACCUACUGCUUUGGGAUGGUUGUACCCCAGUAUAACCUCGAGCUUUUUCAGUCCGGUUCGUGUUGGCAUGUAGACAACCUUAUGGGUUCGCAUAUCAUAACGGUAGACGGCGUUGUUGGUGUGCGUUUCGCCGUGUGGGCUCCUAACUGCACCUGUGUGUCAGUGGUGGGAGACUGGAACGGCUGGGACGGCCGCGCGCAUCCCAUGAGAAAGCGCGUAGAAUUCGGUUGCUGGGACCUGUUCAUCCCGGGUAUCGGUGCUGGCGAGAAGUAUGGCUACCGCAUUCAUGCGCGAAACGGGUCAGACUUCAUUAAGAUCGACCCAUACGCCCAAGAAUUCGAAAACCCACCAAAAACUGCCAGCAUUAUUAGCUCCUGUGACGAUGCUUUCAAACCGGCCGAAGCCCGCUAUCAGUGGCACGAUCAGGAAUGGAUGGCGCGACGCAAAACACUUGGCGAGACCGACCAGCUUCACAGAGAGCCAAUGGCCAUCUACGAAGUCCACCUACCAAGCUGGAUGAGGGGACAGGACGGAAGAUACCUCAGUUAUCGAGAGUUGGCAGAUCGUUUAGUGCCUCACGUGAAAAAUAUGAACUUUACUCACGUAGAAUUCCUACCCCUCGCUCACCAUCCAUUUGAAGGCUCCUGGGGAUACCAAGUGACGGGCCUCUACGCACCAUACAGCCGUCUGGGAAACCCUGAUGACUUCAAAUACUUGGUGGACACUCUGCACCAGGCCAAUAUCGGUGUCUUCAUUGAUUUUGUGCCGGCGCAUUUCUGCAAGGACUCCUGGGGCCUUGUCUAUUAUGACGGAGAGCCUUGCUACGAAUACGCAGAUCCAAGGGAAGGCGAGCACAAACUGUGGGGGACAGCUGUCUUUAACUACCGCCGAAGCGAAGUUCGUUCUUUCCUACUGGGUGCUGCUUACCACUGGCUGCGGAGAUACCAUAUAGACGGGCUGCGAAUUGAUGCAGUCUCGUCGAUGCUGUACAAGAAUCACCAGAAGAAGGACGGAGAGUGGCUGCCUAAUGAACAUGGGGGGGAUGCCAACCUUCAGGCUAUCUCCCUCCUGCAAGAACUCAACUGGGUGGUGCAUAAAGAAUUCCCAGGGGUCUUUACUAUGGCAGAAGAGAGCACCAGUUGGAGAGGGGUCACUGACAAAACAGAAGGUUAGGCGAAAACUUGAGUUUUGCAUACCCACCAAUUGUUGGCAAGCUCCUGUUUUGGCGCAGGUCUCGGGUUCGACGCGAAGUGGGAUUUGGGAUGGAUGAACGACACGCUUUCGUACCUGUGCUGCCCAGUGGAGAACCGCAAGAAGUGCCACAACAAACUUACCUUCAGGGGGCUCUACAUGGCUCACGAAAGGUGGAUUUUGCCUUUGUCCCACGACGAGGUGGUGAGUGGGAAGGGGAGUUUGUUGGACAAGUGUGGCUAUCUUGGAACUCCCUUUGAAGAUCGUAUUAGAACCCUCAAGACUCUUUACGGGUUUCAAAUAGGAAUGCCGGGAAGGCCGCUCAUCUUCAUGGGGGGGGAGAUAGGACAAGGUAGAGAGUGGAAGGAUAAUAGGUCUGUGGAUUGGCACGAGGGCGAAGAGGAGUUACGUAAGAAGUUGUGCGUUUGGGUGUCGGACCUUUUGGGGCUCUACAGGUCACAGCCUGCGCUUCAUGCAGGAGAUGACGAGACCUGGAACUUUAAGUGGACAGAUUGCGAUAAUAACAACGAUUGCAUUGUUGCUUUCCUCCGCUCAUAUGAAUUCUGGUUCAACGAUAUCCUUGUCGUCUGCAAUUUCUCACCACAGGCCUACUACAGAUACCCUGUGGGUGUGCCCCAUGGCGGCGAGUGGCAGCUGUUGCUAAAUUCAGAUGACUGGAAAUACGCGGGGGGGAUGUGUGGUAUGGGCAACGGCUCUUACAUACAUACGACGCAGGGGGGCAGGCUCGGGUGGCCCUACUGUUUGUGGCUGGAUGUCCCCGCGAAUGGGUGUCUUUAUGUCAAGGCCCCUCAACCAUCUGCUGAGGAAAAGGACAGACUAAGGAGGGAGCGAGUGUCUAGGCCUGAGCCUGAACCCCAAAGCGAGGAGCACAGCGUUGAGUCGAAAGGGAAGGAAGAAUGA